UAUUGACAGCAAUGAAUGCGUUAAAAAAAAAAAAAAAAAAAAACAUUAAACAAGGUCAUAGACGUACAGUCGAAUCGAUCGAACACCCCGCGUGUAACUCGGUAGCAGUUUUUCCCUUAACCUAAUACUAUACACAAGCCCUAUGUUGUAUGUAUGUACAUAUUCCUAUAGUGUAUAGCGUGAUGACCGUAUUGUGCGCCAAAGUCAUUUAGCUGAUGUCCGUCGGUGGUUAAACAAUUUGUUCGCCAAUGUCUAUUUUAUAAGUUUUAUUUCGGCAUUUCGGUAAAUAUAUAUUUGUAAGCAAUACCAAAACGUAUCAAAACUAUUCAUGAACGAUUAUAUAACAUUACUGGGGCGCAAUCGAGUGAGUACACAAUUAAUUAUUUUGGCCCUUACAAUAGUAGUGUACGCCACUGUCUAUAUUGGGUAGUUCUUCGGUGUGCAAAUUUAUUGUCCACCAUAAACAUAACAGUACAGCAACAACCGUAUUAUUAAUUAGAUAUCACAUCUAUUAAAGGCCAUGUCGAGUUGUUCGAAUGUACGGAAUGACAUUUAUGAACUUUCAAACGUUGUUUCGGUAAAAUUACAUAAAAUGCACUUUACACAUCCAAGCGCAAUACCAAAGUUCGAAUGAGUUUUUCAUGCGCCACGGUUGGUGAUGUGAAAAGUAGACAUAGUGAAUUUUCAGCCGCUGUUUAAAAAAUGAUGUAAAGUGAGGAUGGGAAGAGGCUAAUCUGGAAUUUGUAAUACAGACACAAUCGUUUUUUAAAUCAUAAUUCAUAGAAAUAGAAGUAUGUUCCUUAUUUUAACAUAAUCUAAAACUUUAAAACCUGUUAGCAUGAGAAAUAUGUACACAUAUUAAAACUGAUUAUUAACAAGUAUAAAAAACCUCGUUAGUUUUUCCCUUGAAGGAAAAACGUUGGACCAUGAAUGUGUCUAUUUGUCUAUUGGUCUAUACAGGUUUUGGUUUAUUUUGGAAACACUUUUGUCUUCGGCCCAUGUCUUCGCAAACUAAUGACGAGCCGUCAUGGAAAACAUCUAGGAGAGCCGUAUGCAUGGUGAUGCAAGGAGAUCUGUCCGGCGCUCAACUACUUUUGGCCACAAAACCAGAUGACCUGCAUAUCGCAAACUGCAGUUGUUUUAUUUCAACCGUAAAGUAUUUGCUGUUGGAAACUCCGAAUUAUUCGCCGAGUCAAGAUGCAGCGUUUUCCUGUUGUCGCCAACUGGAAGAGCGGUGUGCCGUCGACAUUGGCAGUUGGCUGACCACGGUCAAGCACAAGCUGUUUCGCUUUUCCCUCAAUCCGGACGUGGACGACUUGGACAGGCAAAUCGUCCGCGCCGACGCACUUGUGUACUUGGGAAGCUUGACCGCGGCCACAGUGGAACCCAUGUCGGUGGGCGCGGCCGCAAAGGCCGUCUACGGCAUGAGCCGAGCUUGGAAAAUGUACCAACAGAGUUACGCAGCGGUGUUGAAAGUGUACAGCGCCAUUUUCGACGUCGACCGUGGUGUUCCCAAGUGGCCGCCAGUGUUGAAACGUAGACAGUCUACAACGAUUGCCGGUAACCGAUUCGGGAACGGUAUACCCAGAUCGUCCACGACUUCCUUCGAAUUGUUUAGGAGAAACGACAUGACCGCCAGAAUGACGCCCGAACAAGCCGUCAGAUUGAUGACAGCGGCCAGCACGGGUUUUGGAGUGAUAAAUCUGUUCCUGUCGCUGGUGCCUUCCAGAAUAUCCUCGAUGACUCUAAGCAUGUUGGGAUUCCGUGGAAACCGCCAAACCGGUUUGGACGCCCUGGCGUUUGCAAAAAACGGGCCCGGCAUGCACGCGCCCGUGGCAUGGUUGAUACUGUCGUGGUAUCACAUGAACGUCAUGAACGCCGGUAUCGAGUUCGACGAUCCGCUGGCCCGAGAAUGCAGAGGAUUCAGCUUGGACGAGAUCGAGUAUUUGACGUACAAUCCUCCCAGGGAGCUUAAGGGCACGUGGCUGCAGAAAUUCUUUGCCGGACGGUGUGCCUACUUCAAAGGAGACCUCGUCGGGUCGAUAAGGUCGUUCGGGGCAGCGUCCCGGGUGAAUACCUACAGGAACUGGAACGCCAGGUGUCUGCAAGAGAUGGGCUUCACGUAUACGAUGCUGGCCAACUGGGAUGCGGCGUUAGAAUGUUUUUGCGUGGCGGCCGAAAGCAGUUGUUCCAUGCGGUCUUACCACUACUUCUUGGCCGCCGUAUGUGCCGGCGCGUCGGGCGAAACGACCAAAGUGAAGCAGAUGUUGAGAUCCGUGUUGAAGUCGAUGAAGAGAGAAAACAAAAUCGAGUUCUAUUCAACCUUCGUGGCCCAAAAAUCGUCGGAUAUCAUAAAAGAGUUAAAGGCAAACUCCAAAAUCGAUCCGGCUUACUACAAGCUGAUCGCCUAUGAAGUACUGUACGUCGUGUACGGAGUGUCGCUGCUGCCUUCCAAAACUAUCCGUAAUAUUAUCUUAGAUUGCCAGGACGACGACACGGACAAAGUAACACAGAGAUUUACAAAAAAACUGUUGAUUGCCGUUUGUCGACGACAGACGAUGGAAUGCGACAAUUGUCGAGGUAGUAUGCUUUACGAACUGAUCGGCAACAUGAAGAAGCACAAGUAUGGGGAUCACGUAUACGCUUACGCCCUAUACGAAAUGGCAAUAGAGCUUAUCAGUCGUCCGGAAUCCAUAGAAGAAGGUAAAAUUAUUGUGGAAAAACUACAAAACUUCAAAGGACAGUGCUACUUUAAAACCUUUUUUGAAACGCGCUGUGAAGCAUUAGAAGCAUACGUCAAAAAACUGACUGACCAUUGACGACAACAUGUUUAAUCUCUUUAAUAUUAUUUGGAGAAUGAAUUUGAUAAAUGUUUACCGACACUUAAUAUUUAUUUUUACACAUUGUUAAAAGUUAAAAAAAUGUUAUUUAAUAGUAAACUCUACAACACAUUGCCGUUGGCGCUGAAGAAUUUGUAUUGUUAUUAGGGUUAUAAGAAUAUUAA